AGUCGGGCAGGUUAGGCGAUUGGAUGAGGUCCGUGAAAACGGAGGGAGGAAGAAGGUAAGGGUCUGUAUCUAAUCCGGCGAUCUUCAAUUUAUCUAAAUACCGAUCUUUGUGAGCACCUACCAGAUGCCCUACUUCCAACGAUAACGGCACAACAACGAUAGAAUCCAUAAAUAGUAUUGUUAUUAAUAAUGUAUUUAAAUAACACCGUUAAAUACAUUAUUAAUAACAAUACUAUUUAUGGAUUCUUCCGACUUCAGUCCACACGACUUAUAUCACUAUGUGGUAAACGGGGUAUCCCCAUACACUGGAGCUGAUCUAAAGGCCUUUAAAAGUCUGGAUGCCUACCAGUUCUUUGUAGCUGGCUGGGUUACAAAUACGCGAUGCUACACUCACGGCAGGGGGAGGUACCUCAUAAUGGCAAAGGUUCAUCAUAGCCAGUCACUGUCUGAAACCCAAUUAAAACCAUGGGUGUCUUUGAAGAAGGAUGGGACAGUUGUGUGCGGCCACUGUACGUGUAAAGCGGGCCUGGGAGAGGUGUGCUCCCACGUAACAGCUCUGCUGUACGCGGUAGAAUCUGCUGUGAAACACCUGGAAGACAGAAGCUGCACUGAUGGGCCCAGACAGUGGGGACUUCCUCCUGUGAAAGCGGGCAAGGCUCUGUACAAAGAAGGAUCGGAAAUUGAUUUCUCAAAUCCUGCCAAAAAGCGUUGUGGUGUACAUAACAAAAGCCAUUCAGGUCGUCCAUCGGGGGGGGGGGGGGGGGGGGGGGAAAUGGGUGUGUCUGCAGCAGCCAUAGAACAAUUCUACAGGGCUCUGGAUGAUGCAACUCCAAACCCUUCAGAGAAGAGUGGUAUCCUACGCAUAUUGCCGGACUAUUGUAAACAGUUUCAACCAAAGGUGGUGUCUCUGGGUCUACCACAGCCUCUGAUUGAGUUGUACAGUGCUCAGAACCGGAAGCUGUCUGCCUCUGACCUGAAAAAAUGUGAUGCGGUAUUCAAUGAUAUGGAAGUUACACCAGAGCAGGCAGUAAAAGUUGAGGAAGAGACGCGACAACAGGGAAAGUCAAGGCUAUGGUUUGACAUGAGGGCUGGUAGGGUGACGGCAUCCAGAUGGGGAUGUGAACAUGAAUUAAAAGCCAGAAAAAUGUACGAGGCUUACGCUACACAACAGCAUCAGGACCUGAGUGUUUGUGAUGCCGGUCUCCACAUUGAUCCCUCCUGUCCCUACCUUGGGGCAUCUCCAGAUGCCUUGCUGUCCUGCUCCUGCUGUGGCGAUGGUAUUUUGGAGAUCAAGUGUCCACACUGUGCCAAAGACACCGGAAUCCUCAGCGCCACUGAAAAGAAACAUUUCUGCAUUGAGAACACAGAUGGUACAUAUGCACUUAACAGAGAUCAUCAAUACCACUACCAGGUGCAAGCCCAGUUGUUUGUGACAAAGCGAAAGUUUUGCGACUUCAUGGUGUGGUCUACAUCCAAUUUCAUACAGAGGAUUUUGCCUGAUGCCGACUUCUUUACAGAAGCAGUGCAGAAUGUCGAGGCCUUUUAUAGGUCAGCCAUUUUAUCUGAGUUAUUGGCCAAGACAUAUACAUGCCCAGAUAGAUUGCUGUCAGACAAAACACAGUCCACAGACUUGGACACAAGGACUGGAGGAGGAGUAGGGCCAACUAUCUGCUUUAGCCUUAUUAUUUUAGUUUAACAUUAAGUGUUUAUCAAGAAUAAUUAAUAUGACUUAUAAUUAAUAUGACUUAAUAUGAAAUUUUGGUUGCGUGUGUGUAUCUGUACAAUCAAACAACAGCGCCCGGUUACCAAGGUCAAGGUGAACUUUUUAGACAGACACCACAGACAAACCAGUAAAUAUGUAUAAAGAAAAGAAAAGCUACAUGGAGAAGUAAACAUUUGAUUGUAAAUGUAUGUACUGGUACAACUAUUUACA